UGACGUCAUCCGUCAGAAUGGCCGCCGGGAGACAGGCUAAACGGCGAGAGACAUAAUAAGACGGUGCGGGUUGUAGGAACAAGUAGAGGGAGCGGAACAUAUGCGGUUAUGGUUGGGGACAUUGGGCCUCUUCCCUACAUGGAUCCGUGGCUUUUUUAGUAAAUAUCCCGUAGCCCACGGGACCAGAAAAUGGCCUUUCUGGACAACCCCUUAAUUAUCCUGGCCCACAUUCGCCAGUCCCAUGUUACAAGUGAUGACACCGGUAUGUGCGAGAUGGUUCUCAUUGACCAUGACGUGGACUUGGAGAAACUUUACCAGUCAUCUGUGUCUGGAGAAAAUUCCACGCAAAUGCAGAGCAAUGGAGGGGAGACCCAAGGCUAUGUGUAUUCUCAGUCAGUAGAUAUUACUUCCAGUUGGGAUUUUGGAAUACGACGGCGAUCCAACACAGCCCAGAAACUAGAACGUCUUCGGAAAGAGAGACAGAACCAGAUAAAGUGCAAAAACGUGCAAUGGAAGGACCGCAACACGAGCCACUCAGCUGAGGAGCUCAGCUCACUGUUUGAAAGGAAGAACUUCAAGGAAAGAGCUCUGAACCAGGGCAAACAGUCCAUCCUGUCUGUCCGACUAGAACAGUGCCCCCUACAGCUAAAUAACCCCUUCAAUGAAUACUCCAAAUUUGAUGGCAAGGGCCACGUGGGUACCACGGCCACAAAGAAAAUUGACGUAUACCUUUCCAUGCAAACUAGCCAAGAUAAACUGCUGCCCAUGACGGUGGUUACAAUCGCCAAUGCUAAAGUCCAUGACCUCAUUGGGCUGAUCUGUUGGCAGUAUACGACGGAGGGCCGGGAACCCAAACUUAACGAUAACGUGGAUGCAUUCUGUUUGCACAUAGCUGAGGAUGAUGGUGAGGUAGACACAGAUUUCCCACCGCUGGAUUCCAAUGAACCCAUACACAAGUUUGGUUUCAGCACCCUGGCUUUGGUCGAGAAAUAUUCAUCUCCUGGGCUGGCAGCCAAGCAGUCUCUCUUUGUAAGAAUAAAUGCAGCACAUGGAUUUUCCCUGAUCCAAGUGGACAGCACAAACGUAACCAUGCGGGACAUCCUAGAAAAAGCUCUUAAACGGAGGAAGGGCUCACAAAGGAAUUCAGGUCCCCAGUACCGCCUGGAGAAACAAAGCCAGCCCAAUGUACCUGUGGAUUUGGACAGUACUCUGGAGAAUCAGAAUUCCCUGGAGUUCUGCCUUGUGCGAGAGAACAGUUCCAGAGGAGAGGAGCCUCCAGAGGAGGAGACCCAAAUUGACAUUGCGACAGUGCAGGACAUGCUUAGCAGCCACCAGUACAAGUCUUUCAAAGUCAGCAUGAUUCACCGAUUGCGCUUCACUACGGAUGUCCAGCUUGGGAUCUCUGGUGAGAAAGUGGAGAUUGAUCCGGUGACCAAUCAGAAGACCAGCACCAAGUUUUGGAUCAAACAGAAGCCAAUCUCCAUUGAUUCAGAUGUGCUUUGCGCAUGUGAUCUGGCAGAGGAGAAAAGUCCAAGCCAUGCAAUGUUUAAAGUGACGUACCUGAGCAACCAUGACUACAAACAUCUUUACUUUGAAUCAGAUGCAGCCACAGUGAAUGAGAUUGUAUUAAAGGUUAAUUACAUUCUGGAGUCGCGGGCCAGCACUGCUCGAGCCGAUUACUUUGCCCAGAAACAGAGAAAACUGACCAGGAGAACCAGCUUCAGCUUCCAGAAAGAAAAGAAGCCAGGAUAGGGGAGAAUCCGCCAGGAUGUGACCCCCACAACUGCCGAAUCUGCUGGUAACCAGGCCUCGUACCGCGCAUUGUGAGUCCUUCCAUGAUGGACACUGACAAAGGACAAUUAGGAGCCCGAUUUUGGGGCAUCCCACAAACAUUUUAGCCUUUCGUUCAUCCCCCCCACCCUCAAAUUAUCAUCCCCAGUUUUUACUGCAGCUUCAGAAUGCAAAAAGGACCUUCUGAUGCCUUCGUAGGCCACAAGGCCCCAGGUAGCACCAACCUUUUACCUCACAGAAUGGGCGGGCUCGCUGGAAUUAAUUCCCCUCCUACUGAGGUUAGAGACUUUCUCAAUGAUUUGCUCUUUCUGGUCAGGGAUGUGAAAAUGGCGCCCUCGCGUGAAGCCACUGUGCUUCACAAAAGCUUGGAGGGGCCUUUCGGUUUGACAUCCCUUAUGUAAGUGAUAACCAAUCGGAACAGAGUAUUAGUGAAACUAUGUUGUGAAGAAAAGAGAUUUCUAAAAUAAAAAAAAUGAGAACA